AUGGACUCACCUCUACCAGCAGACCCUAUCGCCAACUGGCCCUCAAUUUCUGAUCCAGCGGCGAAAGAAGAGGCUUCAAACCUUUUCUCAGCCAUCGCUGGCGCAUACGAGAUCCUCUCAGAUGAAGUUCGAAGAGGACGUUACGAUGCGGCGGUCAAGUUGGCCGAGUUGAGGCGGGAGGCCAUGGAGAGUCGCGGUGGAAGUGGUGCACGUGCGGCAGAAACGACAUCAUCACCGUACAAGGAGUCAACGUCAAGGCCGGGUUACGCCAGCCGUGCAUCAGAACGAGCGGCGCCACGCUAUGAGACCGAGGAACGCCGACCAUCAUACGCCACCAAGGGAGACUACUUCGAUCAGCCACCGCGGGCUACCGCUCGUAAAGAGCCUGAGUAUGAGCGACCGUCAAGAAAACCGACCCACGAUUCGAAGGACAAGUCAUCACGUUCGGCGAAAGAGAGCAAGGAAAGCGAGCGGGAACGAAGGAAAGACAAGACCCGCAAAGCCGAGCGAGAUACCAGGAGGGAUCGAGACCGCAAGUACGCGGCCUACGCUGAACAAGCGUCAGAAAGCGACUCAGAUGAGGUUGCGAGAUGGCAGCGAAAGCUGCGCGAAGAAGAAGAAGUGCGAAGAGCAAAGGAGGAUGAACGAAGGGCUGCGAAAGAUUACUACGAGAAGGCCUACAAACAGCAGCAAGAAGCGGAUGAGGGGGCGUACCACGAUGAGCGUGCGCGCAAGAUGUUCGCCGCCAGUGCUCAAGCACAAGACUACAUUCGCUCAUCUCGCGCUCGACCCAGGCCGGACUCAGAACGCCGUCCAUCACCACAGCGCAUGGGAUCGUCAAAAGACAAGUACGAGUACGUGAGGCGUAACGAUGGAAGGCCAUCCGCUGUGCGACGUGGCUCUGAACGACCGAAGACUACAGGACGUGACACCGAAUCGUCGCGAAAGACUAACACCAGAGAACCUGAGCGUCGUUCAAGUGCUGAGAAGGUGGACGAACCCCGCCGGCCACCUACACUGAACCAGACAAGGUCAUCACCCGCCGAUAUCCACAUUCCUACCGACAAGCCACGCUCGCAGUCGCUUCAAGUGGAUGCAGACACUACUCCGAUUCCCCAAGUCAAGCGAGCCGAGACCAUGCCAUAUGGCAUGCGUCGUGAGAACACUGCCCCGACCAAAGGUUCUGGCUUGAGGCAAACUGAAUUCAACGAAGGUCUUGCCACACCCGCGACGACACCCGAGUAUAACGGGCCAUCCAACGCCAACUCCACCAAGUACAGCUAUGGCCGACAAUACGCUGACGACAUGGAGUAUGCUACCCCCGACGGAUACAAGACAGAAGUCCGAGAACCUCGUGACCGCGAACCACGGGAACGUGAACGCGACACCCGCGACCGCGAGCAAGCCCGCAAUAGUCGUCCGACUUUUGCUCGCAAGAUGACUCGAAGCCCUUCGCCUGUCAAGGAAACCCGCGAGAGCCGUGAGCCAGUCGAGAGCCGAGAAAAGGCUCGCACCAGCUCUGCACGAUACCAAACUUCACCACAGCCACCGCCACUGAAUACGCGCACCACCAGCUACGUGUACGGUGGACCUGGUCAAGGUGUUGAGGCCUACGAUCGAUCUCGUCCUAAUAGUGGCCGGGGAACAAGUCCACGAGACGCGCCAUACCUUUAUGGUGAAGUUCGGUCAGGUGAAGCGCGGCCAGCCUCAGGCUCACCGCGUCAAAAAUAUGGGCCUUACUCACCGCCAGAUGAGGGCGUUCGCUACGGACGGACUAUCCGACCGGAAGACAUCAAGUUUCAGACUGGAAACUACAACUACAAACGAGGUAGUGGCGACCGGCCAAAUGUGAGCCGCCAUGGUUCUGGCAACCCGGUCUAUGCAACUGCUCGCGCGUAG